AUGCAGCCCAAAGAAGCGUUCAUCGUGCAAGUUCUCGUGUUUGUCUCGGGAAUUUCUUUGUUGAUCCGGAGCAGCGCUGCAGAGGACCCGUGCAACGAGGAAAGGCUUGCCCUGUGCAUCACUUCAGAGACCAGGAGGGAUCUACCCGUCAGUGGUGCUGAGUUGGACUCGUACUGCGCUUCCCUUCUCAGAAGACACGAAUGCAUCGAGGAAGUCGCGAGGUCUUGCUUCAGGCCGGAUCAGGUUCGAGCACUCCGACAGCUCACCAAGGGACUCUAUGAGUUCCGAGAAGCUUAUUGCACCAGGAACGCUACACUCCGCAAGGAGUACUUACGACAGGCGUCCUGCAUGUCGAGGUGUAGAGCUCCAAUUUGUGUCGAGAAAGCUCUUAUCGGAUUAACGGAAGUUCUGGAGCGAGAGCAAGAAGACGGAUUCUCCGGCACCUGCUGCAUCCACAACACUUUCAGCCGCUGCCUUGCAGCGGUGGUCGGGACGACCUGUGGCGCCUCGGCUGCCGAGCAUGAGACACGUUUUGUCCGAAUGUUUACGCUCGACCUCCUCCAUCUGGAGUGUCAGGAUCAUGCGAUCGAUACGGGAUGCGAUGCCCUUCUCUCGCCGAGCGGGUCCAAACCGAACGCCAGAAUCCUAGAAGUAUUGACUCUGCUCAUUGAGGCCUACAGGAGUCGAACGUUCCGUGUAAGCGGAUUUUGA